AUGUCCAUCUCUCAGAUCUCUCAACCUCCAAAGGUUAUUUCAGAAAAAGAUCCUCUGUUUGGUGUACUAAAUGAAGACCAAGUUGGUAUUAAUCCUCUUUCUGGCCGUCCCCGAAUUGCUCUAGAGGUUCUUGAGGAAAUGCAAAACUAUCUGCUUGCUUCUAGUAAUGAAGAUAGAUUGGUCAGGGAACAAAGGGUGAUAUCCUCAGUUAAAGAAGCAAAACAAAAUCCCAUCACUCAGAAGUCUGUCCUUCAAGUCAUCCCCCCUCCAGCGUUUACUAAGGACUUAAAGGGAAGGUCUCAGCUCUCCAAUUCUCAACCUAAGUUAACGGCGUCAGCGUUCUCAGAAGGACAUGCCAUGAUCAACCCAUCUACUAAUGUCCUAUGUAGACUGACUUUUCAAGGCUCUCAAAGCUCAACGUUUCAUCUGACAAGCUAUCCUGUAAUCUUCUCAGCUCAGGCUCCUGUUCUUAAAGAAAAAGCUAAGAGGCAACCUGGAAGAUAUCGUAAAAUCUCCAAACCUCAGAAGAAAUCUCAAGUGGUACCAGAUGACAAAGGCGUUCAACCUCAACCUGUUGGAGGUUCACAGAAGAAAAGAAAAGCAGAAGAUGAUAUGGCAGGUGCAUCCAAGGCUUCUAGGAGCAAUGCAUCAAAGAUGGUCCCAUAUGAGGGACCGUCCAACGUCUAA